AUGUUGCCUAAACCGCCGUUCAUGACGGGGAACAACCGAAGGACCACCGCAGGGAAGACCAUACUUCUGAGUAGAAUUUGUAAUCCCGACAACGCUACAAAGCCCUUGGUUUAUGACGCAGAAGGCCGAGCAGUAAGCCUUACUGGGCUCUCAGGGGACCUUCGAGAAAGAGCUCUGAAUUUCUUCGCUGAAGACAAAUAUGAUGAUGUUAUUCUCAGGUCUUUGCCCGUGGUCGUUGUUUUCACCAAGUUCGAAGCUCAACUAGAAAAAGCGAAGUUUGAUCUACCAGUGCACAGUGCAACCCAAUGGCUUGUACAACCACCAAUCAAGUACCGCAGUGCCGACGAUGCCAGGUCCAUAGCCGAGGAAAUAUAUCGCAAUGAUUACCUUCAACGUGUUUUAGAAAUAGAACAUCCUCCACAAGCUGUGGUGAGACUCCAGUAUAUGCAUGAUCCUAUGACGGAGUACCCAAUAGAGCUGUUGGACAAGACGAUCACAGCAAUUCACGGAUUGCCGGAAGAUAAUGAGUUACUUGUGCCACUGAGCGCCCCUGGGAGUGAGACCGCCAAACUACUAUCUGCUUAUUUUCGCGAUUUUAUGCCGCGUGAGAAGAUGGACCUGGACGUGGAAAUGGAAGAGGCAUGUGCCAUACCCUCAUCCGCGUCUGGGAGCCAUUCUCCUGUGGAUGACGUUCUCGGCAAGCCUCAUGGCAUUUGGUGCCGCAUACGAAAUGUGCUCCUCCAGGCUCUUUUCGUCUCCCAGUUAGCUUCAGACACAGGCAAUUCGGAGCUACUCAAGGUGGUAUCGUCUGAGCAGGAAGGUCUGCAGGCGAGUGUCCAAAGGGUUCACUCUCGUCAACUUGAAAAGCGCCGGACCACCGGGGUAUUUACAUGUAAGGUAAAAGAGCGUCUCUUUUACGCGCGGGAACCACCUGGGAAGAGCGAGGAAGAUCUUAACUCUGAUGAGGAGCCAGAGCAGCAACAUGAAGAGGAUGCGGCGCUUAGAAGGCGGCAAACUGGAUAUUAUCAUGAUGCUAAUCCGCGUGGCCAUUGGGAAUGGGCAUGGGUUGAAGAUGAUGCCUCAUACAUUAACCCGCGUUUCUGCCUUUGUCACGACCAGUCCGAUGCAGAGGGAUCGGAAGACCCUGAAGACACCACCAACUCAGAAGACGCAGAGACUGCAGCUUCAGUCGAUGGCUCGGAAGGAGAUGAAGAGGAGGUCAAAGGCAUCCCUCAGGGUGUUCAGCUGGAAAUCAACGGACACUUUGAAACAUCCGCAUAUCGAACGACGUUGCGGGAGACUCCUCCUUCCUGA